AUGACCACCCUCCCACCCAAGAGGGACCUCGUCCGCCGAGGUGUCUCUCCCACCCCUAGCAAGAUCCCCGUCAGUUCUCGGAGGCGCCCGCCGCCCCCCACAGACAAACCCGGCGCCUUGGACCAGGAGAACCAAGAUCCCAAGAGAUUGGUGCGGAAGCUCAGUACUCAGCGUCCGCUCCAUGACUCAGCUGACCCCAGGCCUAAGGCCUUACAUGAGGCAAAGAAGUCAGAGAGAUUGGUGGGAAGCCCUCAGUUCCGGAACCCCUUGGAAGAGCUCAAGCCCAGCCCUGGGGGACAAAAUGUGGGCCCUCGGCCCCGUCUGCAGACAGAAGCUUCUGGAGCCGUUGAUUUUGUGGCUGACCCUGCAGCCCUGGCCACCAUUCUGUCAGGUGAGGGCGUGAAGAGCUGUCACUUAGGGCGCCACACUAGUCUGGCUCAGAGAGUCCUGAUCCGAGUCAAGCCAGGAGGCACCGACCGAAGGGGCCAGGGUGUCCGGUCCUCUGCAUAUUUGGCCCCCAGAACCCCUGCCCAGCGACUGGACCCAACCAGGGCUUCCUGCUUCUCAAGACUGGAAGGACCGGGACCCCGAAGCCAGACCUCGUGCCCUCAGAGAUUAGAGGAGCUGAUUCCAUCUUCAGAUGCUCCCUUGCGCCCCGCCACCCACCCCAGUUUCCAGGAGCUGAGAAGAGAGACAGGUGGCGGCAGCCGGACUGCAGCAAGCCAAGCCUCAGGGUUGCUCCCAGACACCCCAGUCCAGCCUGCUUCAUCUCUGCCUGGAAGAGAACAUGAAGUUGUCACUCAUUCAGGUGAAGGAGGAGGGGCGCCCCUCAGUCUGGCCCAACGGGUACCGUUAAGAGAAACCCAAGAGAGAACCCACACUAGGGAUAGCUGUGACCCCCAGCAGAUGUUCACCCCGGGCCGAGUAGCGGCACCUGCCACCGCGCGUCCAUCACCCUCACCCUUCGGACGGGCUCAGCGCGUGCCCUCUCCCGGACCCUCAGCUCAGGUUUGUACCUAUUCAGUAUUGCGACGUCUUGCCAAUCGCCCCAAGACCCAGUACACGCCCCUCCCGUCGGCCUCCAGAGUUCAGCAGGCCCAGCUGCUGACUGGCCUCUCCCCACAGCCUUGCCCGGAAGAGCCUACCCUGCCCUGGGAGCAGAUCACAGUGCGGUUAUUUGACCAGGAGACUUGUAAACGGCUGCAGGAGGGGACCGGGAAGCCACCAGCAGCGGCGACUCCCUCGGGGCCCUCCCCCAGCAGAACCCUCAGCUUCCAGGAGUUGAAGAUGCAGCGCAUCACAAUCCUGCAGCAGCUUUUGCGCCAGGAGGUCCUGGGGCUGACGGAGAGCGAGAGUGCGCCCUCUGCUGGAGGCUCCGCUUCUCUGGACAUGACUGAACUCCAGCCCCUGCUGGCUGAUGUUUCUAGAACUCUGGGGACCCCAGAGCCUCAUCCUGGGACUUUGCACCUUCCCACACUGCUAGAGCACUCGGAAACCCCCAAACCCUGCCCCCCAGAGGAGUCCGGGCAGCCACAGCCUGGCCCUGGAGCAGAGGCUGAGGUGGCUCAGCCCUGUCCUCCAGCAGAGCCAGGUCCCCGGGAGUCCAGCAGGAGGGACCCUGAGCCCCCUGAGGCCUCCGCGCAGGAGCAGCCUGACAGGUCAGAGUCGGGACCCCUGCACACCCAGAGGCAGGCGUGGCUCGCAGAGCCGCCCUCUGGGGUGGAGUGUGGGGCGUCACAGGCCCGCUCCCUGGAUCCCAGAAGUCCAGAAGCCAGCCCGCCACCUGGGUGCCAUCGGGGGGCCCCGGUGACGACCAGCACACUCGGUGCCAGCCCCUCUAGCUGCUCCUUCCGGUCUCCGCGGCCUCCCAUGGGCCAGGCAGGUCCCUGCUUUCUGGCCCCUCACACCCUGGCCCUGAGGCAGCGCCUCCAAGCCUGCCUGAGCGCCAUCCACGGCUUCCACGAGGCCCGCCUGGACGAUGAGUGUGCCUUCUACACCAGCCGGGCCCCUCCCCCGGGCCUGACCCGCGUCUGCACCAACCCGGUGGCCACAUUACUGGAAUGGCAGGAUGCUCUGAGUUUUAUUCCUGUCGGUUCUGCCGCCCUUCAAGACUCUCCAUCAUGAGAAACCUGCUUCCACUAUUCCACGCCCUGCCUGGCUCCCUCCUUUUUAGCCGUUAUUUAUUGUGGGCCC